AAAAACUUGUAAUCAUAAUAAAUUAUUAGAAUAUAUACUUUCAAUAUUUAAUCAAAUUUAAAGGAUAACAUUUUAAAUUAAAAUUUGAAUAUAAUUUAUGAAGUUUAUAAUGCAUUAAAUCAAAAAGAAGGAGAAAAUAUGUUAUAUAUUUAAACAGUGCUAAAGAAAACAAAAUAUUUAAUACUGUCUAGAUACGAAAAGUUAUCAACGUCCUAGUUUUCUUUAUCUUUAUCUGUAAAUUAUAUGGUAAUGGAUUAAGGCGGUAUAACCUGCAAAGUCCUAUUUGCACUUGCUGUUCAUAGUCCCGUAAGGAAAACCAAAAUACAGUAUAAAUCUAUCAAGUAAUAUAAAUUUGAAGCUAGUCGUCUUUUAUUUGGUAACAAAAGUUUUCGGAGUUGUAAUUCUUGUACGCUGUCUGUUGAUCUUAAAUUUGCUUAAGAAUUAUCGUUAUGGGGGGGCUUUCUGUGCUUUUUAAGGAUGAAGAAACGGAAAAGAUCAGCUGCGACUCGACAAUCAUGGCAGUAGAUAUCCCAGGGAACAAGAAAUCAGGGGAAAGAAAGGUUGUCGUGGGUGGGCUUUCUUUGCUUUUCAAGGAUGAAUGUGAUGGAGAACCUAAGACGAAGGACUUCGAAAGCUCCACAACAAUAAUAGGCGCGGAAGAAAAUAUGGUUGUUGUGGACGGCUUUCCCUUGGCUUGCAAGGAUAAUGAUCAAGCACAGAAAGAAGUCAACUGCAGCAGCUCCAUAAUCAUGGUGGAAGAAGUCGAGGAAUCAGUAGCAGAUGACAAGAAACCAGUGGGAUUAAACAUGGAGAAGAAUGGGAAAAGGACUAGUGAUUAUACGUUCAAGAUGCCACUGCACUUUCCAAGAUAUACUAAGGAACAAUAUGAGGAGAUGAGUGAGGAGAAACUCGAUUUACUUCUUCAGGAGUAUGGGUUUAUUAAUCAUGGUGACUUGGAUUACAAGAAACAGUUCGCUAUAAAUGCCUUCCUCUGGCCUACUACUACUCCAUGCGGAGAACUGCUUGCUGCUCAAAAUUAUCAGACUGCUUGUCAGGAAAAGAGGACAGUGAUCAGUAGUAUAGUUGGAAUUGUUUGCCAUGCGUUGAAGCUUAAGUAAUUAAAUUUGUCUAUUGACGUUAAUGCGUAUAUAUUAUAUUAUGUCUACUCAUGUAGAACUAUUACUAACUCAACAAGUUAGGGUUCAUGUUUUUUCUUUGUUUUUUAAUUG